AUGUUUUUGUUUUUAAUAUAUGGCAUUUUUGGAUAAGUAAUAGUCGAAAUCAACGAUAGCAACGCUUAUUUUAAUGUUCAUGAAGGAGUGAGAAGUACUAUAUUGCAAUUACCCCACGCAUGGGAUGGAUAAUUGAAUGGAACAGGAUGCGAAUUGAGAUAAAAAUCAAUAUAAGAAAGCAUUAGUUAAUAUUAGAUAAUUGAAUUCUCAGAAGAGGAUAUGGAAGAGCUCACUCUUGUGAGUCAAGAUGAACAUCGCAUUGCCAUAAUGACAUCAAAUAUGAGAUUAAUAAUAAUCCAUAAAAAUAACCUCACUCAAAAAUCCUCUUACGAUCUCUCCAAAUAUGAGAUCGAUUCUAUUCAUUAAAUCAUCCUAAAUGAUAACAUUGUAUUAGUGAUCACAGACACAACAGCUUAUGUUGUAUAUUUAUUGCCAAUAAGCAUCGUUGAAUUCGCAGAAUGGAUUCCUAGACAAGAACGUUGGCUUACUAAUAUUUAUGGUGCUUUUAUCUAUACAGCAGUAGGUUUAAAUGGCAUAGAUAUUUACCAUUUAUAUAAUCUCACUUAUUUUAGAUCUAUAAAUCAUGUUGAUAUUGGAUAAAGUUAAUUAUGUGUCAAAGAUUUUACCAUAUAUAAAACUACAUUAUACAUUCUAGAUUGUUAUUCUGGUUUGAUUAUUGCCAAGAUGAAUAGUUAUGAGAAUGUAAUCGAUUUUAAAGUCAGAAAAAUUGAUGUUCAGGAAGGUGGUAUUGCAGUUGACACAAAAAAUGGAGUCAAUAUCUUCGUUGGAUAUAAAUGGAAACUAAGAUAUGCUAUAGUUGAAUAUGUUGUAGAUGAUACAGAUUGGAGAAUACAAAAUCUAAUUUACACUAACAAAAUAAAAGAUGUAGAUGUUAAUAAUGAAUAUGCAAUUAUUUAAGGCAAUAGUAGACAUAUGGUAGCCUUUAAUUUUGGAACUACUUUAUCGAAUAAUAUCAUCAAAUAUAAUUUAAGAGAUUUCGAAUUAAGAAAUAAUGAAUUAAUAGGUAUCACAGUGACUCAACUCUUUCGUAGUCAAUUACAAUUGAUACCAUUAAAAAUCGAUUGCCAAAUUUACCAAGACUAUUCUGAACAUUAUUCCUUAGUCUAUAAUGUCUCAUAUAAUGGUACUACCAUAGAGAGACACCAUCUAAAUUUUUAAUUGAAUUUGGUUUCAACUUAUUUAUACAGACAUUAAUCGUAUCUAGUAAUUAUUUUGAUUACAUUAUUGCUUUGUAUUUUUACAUUGAUAAGUAUGAGUUGUUCAUUUCAAUUUUAGUUAUAAUGAUUUUCAAAUGGUAUUACAGUCUUAGAAAGGAAGAGAGGAAAAUUGCAAAGAGCAUAAAAGGGUAUAGUCUGUCGAUACCAACUAGUGGGAGAACAAACACACAACAGAGUUCUAGGCCAUUUUCACCUAGCAAUCAACAUUUAAUUAUCAAUAAUAUCUAAUAAUAGUCAUGAC